GGUCCAUCUAAUAUUUCUCAACUUACCAUCACAUAUACAACAUGUCUGGAAGGCCCCGCUCCCCUCCUCGCCGCAGUGGUGAUUCGCGCCGUGACGACCGUUAUCGUAGAGACGACCGUCGAGACCGUGACGACAGAAGAGGAGACGACCGCUACUACCGCCGCCGUUCUCCAGAGCCUAGAGACCGCUACAGCCAGGAUCGAGACCUCAUCUCUUCUCGCGGUGGUCGCGAUCGCCGCUUCGAAGAACGCCCGCUCAGUGACCGCUCACGCGACAGAAAACGCUCUCGAGAAAGAUCUCCAGUAAAGGACCGUAGAGACCGCAGUAGAGAUAGACCUCGUGAUUCGCGCCAUCACCGUGAUGACUCGCGCGACAGAAAACGUCCCAAGCGCACUGAUUCCGUCGAAUCUAGAGCUCGCUCUGCACGCGACGAUGCUAGAGGCAGCCUCGCCAAUACCAAGUCCGAACAACCCACCUCGGCCCACGCUGCUGACAAGGCUGCAGAAGAGGAACGAAAGAAGCUUGAGCGUCAAGCAAAGGUCGAAGCCUGGAAGAAAAAGCAAGAGGAAAAGAAGAAGCUGCCACAGUCUCCCGCCACACCUGCUACCCCUGCCCAUGUUGCUACACCUACUGACACAGCUGCAUCUUCGCCCAAGUCGACAGCUCAGGACGAACCGCAGAAGGGCUUUGCUGGUGGAAAGUUUGAUCCCAAGGCCAUUGCAAAAAAGGCGGCAGCUGCCACGGCGAAGCUAUCAGCGCUUGGAAGUGAUGUUUCUAUACCCGGGAAGUCCAAGACUGCCGCUGUCGCGGCUCCUCUUACUGCCAACAAAGCGGCUGACUUUAGCAAGAAACCCUUUACCAGUCAAUCCAAAGCAAACGCCGCGACCGCGUCGGACGCUCUCAAAAAGGGCUUUGGUCUCACAGCAUCGCCCGCCGAAGAGAGAUCGACUCCUCAGCCGGCCCCUGCCAUCGACAUGGACGACGAACAAGUCGAGCGUCGCAAGUUAGAGAAGCUUCCUACACCCGAUCUAAACGAUACUGGGGAUGCUGCGCUUGCUAACCAGAAUGACACCCAUGAUGACGAUGGCGAUGUCGACAUUGCCGAUGCAGGAUCCGAUCAAGAUAUCGACUCCGCUGCACGACUUGCCGCAGAAAGACGUGCUGCCCAAGCCGCCGAGGCUUCCGUGGACGACGACGAUGCCAUGGAGGGUAUUCAAACCGCUCAGACCGCCAACGCAGCCGAAGAAGAAGACAUUGAUCCUCUUGACGCCUUCAUGAAUGGUCUAGCCGAGGAAGCCCCCAUGCCAACUCGCAGAUUCACAAAGACCAAGAUUCGCGAGGCCGAAGAUGUUUUCGGUGAUCAGGACGGUGCAGACUUGGAUGCAAUUGGUGAAGAUGCUGAUGACAUUCUUGCCCAGGUGGCCAACAAGAAAAAGAAGAAGGAAAUUCCUAACCUCGACCAUUCCAAAAUCAACUACGAACCCUUCCGCAAGGCCUUCUAUACCGAGCCUCUCGAAAUUGGUCAAAUGACUGACGAAGAAGUCAGGGAUCUGCGCUUCCAGCUAGAUGACAUCAAGGUUCAGGGGUCCAAGGUACCUCGUCCUGCCCUAAAGUUCGCGCAAUUUGGUCUUGGAACACAGGUCCUGGACGUCAUUCGUGAUCUUGGAUUCGAGAUGCCUACCCCUAUCCAAGCUCAGACUAUCCCUGCCAUCAUGUCUGGCCGCGAUGUCAUUGGUGUGGCCAAGACAGGCUCAGGCAAAACGGUUGCCUUUUUGCUGCCCAUGUUCCGUCACAUCAAGGAUCAGCGCCCACUAGAAAGCAUGGAUGGUCCCAUUGGUCUGAUCAUGGCACCAACACGUGAGCUCGCUGUUCAAAUUCAUCGUGAGUGCAAACCUUACCUCAAAGUUUUGAACCUUCGCGCUGUGUGUUGUUACGGCGGUGCCCCCAUCAAAGAUCAGAUCGCAGAGCUCAAGAAGGGUGCCGAAAUUAUCGUCGCAACUCCCGGUCGUCUAGUCGACCUUCUUGCUGCCAACUCUGGAAGAGUCACCAACCUUCGCCGUGUCACCUAUGUCGUUCUCGACGAAGCAGACCGCAUGUUCGACAUGGGUUUCGAGCCUCAGGUUGUCAAAGUACUCACCAACAUUCGACCCGAUCAUCAGACAGUUCUCUUCUCAGCCACUCUUCCCCGUACCAUGGAGUCGCUUGCUCGCAAAGUUGUUCAUAAGCCAGUCCAGAUCACUGUUGGAGGUCGUAGCACAGUGGCGGACACAAUUACCCAGAAGAUCGAGGUGCGUCCCGAGUCCACCAAGAUGUACCGCACACUUGAAGCCCUUGGCGAAUUGUUUGAACACGACGAAGAUGCUCGUGCUUUGAUCUUUGUCGAGCGUCAAGAAUCUGCAGACGACAUGAUGAUUCAAUUACAGCAAAAGGGCUACCCUGCUGUUUCAAUCCAUGGCGGAAGAGAGCAGAUUGAUCGUGAUUCUGCCAUCCAAGACUUCAAGAGUGGUGUCAUCCCUGUAAUGGUCGCAACAUCUGUCGCCGCCCGUGGUUUAGAUGUCAAGCAACUCAAGCUGGUCAUCAACUACGAUUCCCCCAACCAUCUGGAGGAUUACGUCCACAGAUCUGGACGUACCGGUCGUGCUGGCGAAAAGGGUACUGCCAUCACAUUUGUCACGCCUGAACAAUCCAAAUACUCGGUUGAUCUGGUAAAGGCCUUGAAGAUGAGCAACCAAGAUGUUCCCGAGGAACUUCAAAAGAUGUCAUCUGAAUUCCUGAAGCGUGUCAAGGAAGGCAAAGAAAAGGCUGGCGCUAUCGGUUUCGGUGGCAGAGGUAUCGAACGAUUCGACGAACAACGUGCCGCCGAACGCCAGCGCGAGCGUAAAGCUCACAAGCUCGAAGGCGAAGAGGAAGAAGAGGAAGAGGAAGACAAGAAGAAGGCGCCUGAAGAAAAGAUCAAUGUCGUUAAGAACACCGGUUCACCUACUCCCACAACCGCAAACGCAAACGUUCCUGGUGUCCCUGCUCACAUCGAUCUCAACGCUGAUAUCAAGGUUCACAAGACCGAGGUACCUGCGCCUGCGAGCAAUCGUCCUCUGGAUCGCGUCGCGGCUGCUGCUGCCAACAUUAAUUCUCGUCUCGGUGCACGCAACGCAACUCGUCCUGGUGUACCAAUCGACAACAAAGGCCCUGAUGCUGGUGCCUAUCACGCGACACUCGAGAUCAAUGACUUCCCCCAGAAAGCACGCUGGGCUGUCACCAAUCGCACCAACGUGGCCAAAAUUCUUGAGUCUACUGGUGUCUCCAUCACUUCGAAGGGUAACUUCUAUGCUGCCGGCAAAGAUCCGGGCCCAACCGACGCACCCAAGCUUUACAUCCUUGUCGAGGGUGAUACAGAACUCCAAGUCACCCAGGCUAUGCGCGACCUGCAACGUCUGUUGAAGGAAGGUACGAUCGCAGCCGCGGAUAGCGAGGCUCGCGCACCCACAAGUGGUCGCUACACUGUUACUUGAUCUCGACUUGGUCUUGAGAUACCAAGAAAAUUGUUUAUUUCCGACAAAGGUAAGCAUGGCGGAUUUUCUUAUCUUUUACGCAAACCUCAUUCACCACCAUUGCCUUUGAGGCAGGCUCUAACGACUGUGAUCUUUUGAUCACACUAUCUUGCAUUCAUCACACUGCCUGAAGGCUCGAAACCAUGGGUCUCUUGUGUCGCCUGCAUUUGCGGAAAAAGCACAGCAUGGUCUACAAGCCAAGCCACACCAUUCCAUUCAUAGUCAUAUUGUAGAUAUCGAAACGGAAAAGAGAAUUGAAAUCUUUUAUGCUGCC